AAAUCUAUUAAUGCAUGAAAUAUUUUUAGACUAAAGCUUCCACGGUUCACUACACACACCUCUUUAGGUGAAAGAUACUACAUGUACAAAAGAUAUAUAUUCGAGUCCAUCUGUAAACAAACUUACAUAAACACAACACUGAUAGUACUGGACAUCAGAUGGGCAUUUGUGCACAGAUUAGUCCUCUCUCGUUAGACUUCUUUCUUUUAAUGAAUAUGAGUGAACAACUGUAAACGUGUGACGAUGAAACAGAACAGUAUUUAACCAGUCUCUCAGCAUUUCCUCUCCUCUCCUGCGGCUGCUUCAGAUCGAGUAUCACAUUGAUAAAGCCAGUGUAUCAUUUAAUCCUGAUUGCUCUGCUCCUAAUUCCCUAUGGGGCCGAGUGUUCGUGUUCAUUUAUACAGCGGCGGACCCUUCCUCCUCCUCCUCCUCCUCCUCCUCAUCGAAAAAAACCCCACAAAACCCUUAUGGUUGGCUUUCAUUUAAAGCACCUGUCUGCCUGCAACACCUGGCAGACGACAACAGGUUGCGCAUGCGCAGCUCUCCCUCAGGAUGUCUUAUAGAAGAGGGCUGAUUCUCUUCAUGACUUUACAGUCGGACUUUCAAACGGACUGACCACCACUUGUCGUUUGUUUGCUACCUUGUAGGAAAAAGACGAGAGUGAAAAGAGAAGAAAAAUGCCUCGAUCUUUCUUGGUGAAGAGCAAAAAAGCACACAGCUACCACCAGCCGAGGAGUUUAGAGGACAACUACAGCAAACUGGAUACGACUUUAGCUCAUAUCGGCGCAGACAGUAAGAGUGCAGAAGGAGAGGAUGUGUGUGUGGAUGUUGGAAGUGCAGAAGCGGCGGAGGUGUUAGCGCUCGCGCACUCCGCCACUGCUCCAUCUCGCUCUCCGCUCAGCUGCAGCAGCAGUGUGUGUGAUCGCUCCUCAGACUAUGAGGACAGCUGGAGGCCUCCAUCACCCUCUGCAUCACCAGACUCUGAAAAGUCAUUUUCACCCAGUGUUGAUGAAACCCAGCCAUUUGCGGUGCCCUUCGAGCCAUGGAGCAACAGUUAUUCAGGCUCUGAGAUGAGACAGCUGGUCCGGCAAAACUUCAAUCCCCAUCAUCCUUCCUUAAGUUAUUAUGGAGAAAGAGUGAUUGGAUCUUCUCAUUUUGGUGAAAGGGGAUCCAGCACAGGCAUCUAUGGCAAUUAUGAGUCGACCACAAACCUGUUUGAGCGGCCUGCCACCGCUCCUGGACUGUAUGGAGACAGGGAAAUCCACAGACCUGAGAUGAAAACGGACACAACAGGGUUAUGCACUCGCCUCAUUUUGAACGGAGCCUUCAAGUGCAUCAAAUGUAGCAAGGUGUUCUCCACUCCACAUGGUUUAGAAGUACAUGUCCGGAGGUCCCAUAGUGGAACAAGACCCUUUGCUUGUGACAUUUGUGGGAAAACUUUCGGACAUGCGGUCAGUCUGGAACAGCACAGAUCAGUUCAUUCUCAGGAGAGGAGUUUUGAUUGUAAAAUUUGUGGAAAAACAUUCAAAAGAUCCUCUACUCUGUCCACACACCUUCUCAUCCACUCUGAUACGAGGCCUUACCCGUGCCAGUACUGCGGCAAGAGGUUUCAUCAGAAAUCAGACAUGAAGAAACACACGUUUAUUCACACAGGAGAGAAACCUCACAAAUGUCAAGUAUGUGGCAAAGCUUUCAGUCAAAGUUCAAAUCUGAUAACACACAGUCGAAAGCACACUGGUUUUAAACCUUUUGGCUGUGACUUGUGUGGAAAAGGCUUCCAGCGCAAAGUGGACUUGAGGAGGCACAAGGAGACGCAACACGGACUGAAAUAAGGAAUGAAUCAGACAGUUGGUUGCCCUUCUCAGUGCUGGAACAGUGUUGCAACAGGGCUGAAUUAAAGUAGGCCUAACUGCUCCGUAAAUGGAAAUUAGUGUAGCCUGCCACAGACCACAUUAUCAGGAGGUUACGCAUCCCCUUUACAACAACAAUGCUGACUGAGCUACUGUUAACAAUAUACAGAUCCUCUGUGGCCAUACAGCCUAGGUACACUCUCAUAAAUAAAGGUACCAAAUUGUACUUUUACCUUGUGUCUGAUGGUACCAUCAAGGAUAAAUCUUUAGUAUUUUGUUUUGUUUACCUUCGAAGAUUUAUGUGGCAUAAUUGUAAUUAGCUUUUAGAGUAAAUUGUUAAAAGUGCAUCAAUUGUAGUUCCAAGGAUGCUCCUUGAAUUAUUAUUAUUAUUAUUAUUAUUAUUAUUAUUAUUAUUAUUAUUAUUAUUAGUAGUAGUAGUAGUAGUAGUAGUAGCAGUAAUUUUUUUUUUUAAACCUGUUGAUGUUUCUAGGAGAAUGUUGUAUACUAAAGGUUCAAGAGAUGACAUUGGAUAACCAUGCUGAUGACAAAGAAAAGUAUAGUUGGUACCUGCAUUUGUGAGAAUGUAGGUGUUAAUUCAACACUGGGAAUUUUUCUACUAGGCCAUGGGCCUAUAAGCUGACAGGGGAUUCCCAAGCAAAUGUUUAUAGUGUGGGCUAAAGAGAUUUCCAUGAUUUUAAUGUUUCCAAAAUGCUGUUUGUGCUUUGUGUAGCCUAAAUUGUGAGUUGCCCAGCAGGUCUGGCUGGAUACUGCAAAGAUUCUUCACAGCAAAAUCUCAAGUGUGGACUGAAAGACAAAAACAGCUAUCAUUUAGAAUGGACGCCUACUACACCGAAUGAAUCCUUACAGUGUUUGUGCCCUACUUUACCAUGAUAAACCCAGUUUAUCUGUUCAACACUGGGGCCUUUGCUGUGGUGUAGGUCUAAAGUGCAUGUCAGGAGCGCAUUACCCAAAAUCUAAUACUACAAAGGGCGGUGUUUUCCGAAACCCAAAAUAUUAUCACCAAAACAAUCCGGGAGGCAGUAAAGUUAGUAACGGCCGCGGGAAAGGACACGGCUAUCACAUGCAACAUCAGCUGAGGUGCAGGAAAUCAGCGCUGCUCACAGUGACGCCAUGCUGCUCCUCUGCUGGCAAAACACGCACUACAAUAACCACGAGAUUUAAUCAAAACCAAGACUGUUUGUGUAUUAUAUAAACCUUGACUGAUUUGUUGACUUCACAAAUAUUUUCCACUCCUUCAACCCGCCUACCCAGAGGUGUUUGUGCUCUCCGUUUUAUUAUUAUUAUUAUUAUUAUUAUUAUUAUUAUUAUUAUUAUUAUUAUUAUUAUUAAAUAGAUUUGCACGAAUUAGACAGGUUUGACCCCGCAAAUCACCUGCAGCAUAAACCUGUUAAGCUUAUUUAAAUGUAUGCUGAUAUAUUUUUGUUUUGAACUCGAAACGUUAUUUAUUUAUAAAAAAUGACUAUUAUUGUUUGGCUGAAUUCAGAUGAUUAAACUCAAUACCUGCAAUGAAUAGUGCUGUGAUCUGUGAUUUGUUGCGCGUUAUUCUCUGAAAAGGGGAGGUAAAAAAUAAUAAUAAUCAAGAUUGUAAGGAAAUAUUUUGCACUUUUGAGAAUCCCACAGCUAUUGACGCCGUGUUAAUGUUUUUAGACAUAUGUCUUUUGUUGCUUCUUGUGUUUAAAAUGUGAGAAAUAGAUGCUUAUCGGCUGCAAAUAUUCAUGAAAAUGAAUUAGCUAUCUUGAAAUUCUGUUAAAAAACAGGGCUAAAUUGCACAAGAUGUAGUUAAUUCAGCCAACACAUACUACUACUACUACUACUACUACUACUACUAAUAAUAAUAAUAAUAUAACCCUUUAUAUUAUAAGGUUACCAUUUUAU